AGUACACAAAGGCCUCGGGAAUUCGGCUCCAGGUUUAAAAAGGACAGGGAAUUUGUCUUUGGGAAUCUCGAACACGGCACGCCAAUUUUGCUGUCUCUGUCUUGAUAUUUAAGAAGUGGAGCAAGGGAUUCACUCGAUCAUCCUUCCUGCUCAGACUGUGGGGAGGGAUUCACUCGAUCAUCUGAACGACUGACAUGCCCGUCAUUUUACACAGGGGGGGAACCCAUUCAUCUGCUCAGACAGUGGGAAUGGAUUCACUCGGUCAUCUCAACUGAAGGUACAUCAGCAAGUUCACACCGGGACAAGGACAUUCACCUGUUCUGUGUGUGGGAAGGGAUUCAGUCGGUCUUCCCACCUGUGGACACACUGGUCAGUUCACACUGGGCAGAGGCUGGUCAUCUGCUGAAUUUGUGGGGAAGGAUUCACUCGGUCAUCUGACCUAAUGGCUCACCAGUCAGUUCACACCGGGGAGUGGCCGUUCUCUUGCUCGGACUGUGGGAAGAGAUUCACUUGCUCAUCUAAACUGAAGGUACAUCAGAGAGUUCACACUGGAGAGAGGCCGUUCACCUGCUCAGUCUGUGGGAAGAGAUUCACUCAGUCAUCCAACCUACAGAGUCACCAACGAGUUCACACUGGGGAGAAGUCAUUCACCUGCAAAGACUGUGGAAAGGGAUUCACUAAGUCAUCCACCCUAUUGGCACACCAGUACGUUCAUACUGGGGAGAGGCCAUUCACCUGCUCAGAAUGUGGGAAAGGAUGCACUCAGUCAUCUGAUCUGCUUGUACACCAGCGAGUUCAUACUGGGGAGAGGCCAUUCACCUGCUCAGACUGUGGGAAAAGAUUCAGUCAUUCAUCCAACCUAAUGGCGCACCAGCGAGUUCACACUGGGGAAAGGGUGUUUACCUGCUCAUUCUGUGGGAAGAGAUUCACUUGGUCAUCUAACCUAAUGGUGCACCAGCGAGUUCACACUGGAGACAGGCCGUUCACCUGCUUAGACUGUGGAAAGAGAUUCACUCGGGCAUCUCACCUACUGACACACCAGUCAGUUCACACUGGGGAGAGGCCGUUCACCUGCUCGGUCUGUGGAAAGGGAUUCACUCGGGCAUCUCACCUACUGACACAUCAGCGAGUUCACACUGGGGAGAGGCCGAUCACCUGCUCAGACUGUGGGCAGGGAUUCACUCGGGCAUCUCACCUACUGAGACACCAGUCAGUUCACACUGGGGAGAGGCCAUUCACCUGCUCAGAAUGUGGCAAGGGAUUCACUCGGUCAUCUAAUCUGCUGGCACACCAGCGAGUUCACACUGGGGAGAGGCUGUUUACCUGCUCAGUCUGUGGGAAGAGAUUCACUCGGUCAUCCAACCUAAUGGUGCACCAGCGAGUUCAUACUGGAGACAGGCCGUUCACCUGCUCAGACUGUGGGAAGGCAUUCACACAUUCAUCCAACCUACAGAGACACCAGCAUGUUCACAGUGGGGAGAGGCCAUUCACCUGCUCAGACUGUGGGAAGGGAUUCACUCGGGCAUCUCACCUACUGACACACCAGUCAGUUCACACUGGGUAGAGGCCGUUCACCUGCUCAGACUUUGGGAAGAGAUUCUCUCUGUCACCUCAACUGUAUGUGCAUCAUUCAGUUCACACUGGGGAGAGGCCGGUCAAGUGCUGUGAAUGUGGGAAGGGAUUCACUUAGUAAUCUAACCUUGUGACAUAUUACCGGGUUCACACUUGGGAGAAAGUUUCAAUAAGCUGUAUGCUGGACAUUUGUCUAUCACUGUUGCUGAAUGCAAUUUCGAGAAUGACUAUCGGUGCUGAACUCUGCAAUUAUUGCUGCUGCUCACCACACCCAGUUCUGCACCCUGGUCACUGGGCAUGGGAGGAGUUUAUUCUGCUGCAUAUUCACCUUUAAUGGGACUGGAGUUUAAUAUUCUGUGUAGUGUUCUCAGUAAUAUUAGUUGGACUGUUAACUGUUAAUUGCUAAUUACAAAAUGGCUUCUCUGAAGUGUUAUACUAAAAGGGCUUCCCGUACUGUUUACUGCUGAGUAAGGGGUUCUCUGUAACAGCAUGUUUGGGUUAUAAUUAGUGAUAAUGGGAAUUGUAUUCAUUUGCCAGCCAAUGGAAGUCAUGCUGUGCUAUCUUGCAUGUGUGUGCUGAGCUGAGGAUCGGGGGCUUUUUCAGGUGGCAAGUGGAGAGGACGGAUGUGUGGGGAGCGGACAGCGGUUCCAGGGCAGCAGAUACCAGACCCUGGGGGUUUGGAUUGUGGCUGGAGUCUUGGAAGGACAUUGUGAAUGGAAUUGGAGGCGUGAGCUCCAACGUAUUAAAAUAUUAGGUGCACAAGACUGAUAAGUUACUUAUGUGGCACCUUUUCUUUUAGUUGUUUCUACUAACCCAUCAUUACGAAUUGCUAUAAAGUAUGUUCUGGUGGGAUGAAAGACGUUACAUUCUGGGGGCUCGUCCAGGAUUUGAAUUCUGUCAGAUACAGAGUAAGUUACCGGGUUUAAAUUAGGGGAGAUGGACUCAGAUAAGAUUGAACUUUGGUGUGAGAUCGAUGAUGUCCCAGUUAAUCAUACCUGCUUACUAAGGGGGUGGACAUACGUACUCCGGACGAUGUGCUAAUACGAUGUUUGACUAUGGUCAGAGCUAUCGGUAAGGUUGAGAUUGUAAGCAGAAAUAUUGGUAAAAUGUGGGACUCAGCCUUUCUGCUGGUACAGACGGGUGCUGACGUCAAGGAAUUGGGACUGCAGCCGUGUAUCAGUGACAUAGGUGAGGCGGGUCUAUGGGGCGUGCACACUGUCAUGGAGGAAGUGUUUGAAGGGACACCAAUAGCGUUGCCCGCGGCUUGGGGUGCAGAUUUUAGAGAGCGGGUCAGUCGUUUUUGAAGGAUGAAAGAAGGGAGUGGUCAAAUUUUGAGAAUGUAAUUGAUUCUCAUUCCCCACGGAAGGAGGAAGGCUCUGAGUUGGCUUCAGCCAUUAUCUCCCUGGUGAACAGGGCGGUGGGUCCGCGUCAGAAGUUAAGAAUUUUCUCAGGGAUGACUCCCAUUCCCGAAGGGAAAGAUGAUGAUGAAACCUGGGCAGAACAUACCUCUCAGCUGCUGGGUGAGUGGCAGUGUUCUGAGGAGGAGAAGCAGCAAAGAGUGGGAGAAAGUUUGAGAAGGGUGGCAGCUGAGGUGGUAAAAGGCGUGGAAGUUAACCAGCCCUUGGCUUCCUGGAAGGAGUAUCUGGAAGCAUUCGUCGUCUGAACCCUCAGUGCCUAGGUGGCACAUGGGGCCUCCACAAGGGUCUAGAAGCAUUAGAGGAGGCUUUUGGGCUAACUGGGGGCAGGGUUGAGCUUUCAGGGGGAAUUCAGAAUUUGUGUCAGGAGAAAGGGGAAAAGCUUUCUGAGUAUCUUUUCCGGCUGGAGCGAAGGCUAAAUUGCUUGAGACGCCGGGGAUCAUUUCAGGGAAUGAGGUGGAUCGGAUAAGGAUCGACCAGGUAGCCAGGGGCAUGCAGAGACAUGAUGCGGUCGCUACGAGCCUCCGGCAGCCCCGUAGAACGCGUCCGUCACCCCUGUCUUUUGUUCGGUUGCUCAGAGAGGUAAGGGAGGAGGAGGACACAUUGGAAGUGGAAGAGGGCCUCGUUAGGACGGUGCCGUCCUCGGUAGCAGCUCCUUGUGGUGAAAUGACCGGGGCCAGAUCCACGCGGGAUAUAGCAAAAGAGGUCGCGGCAGGUGGAGUCUCUCCACGUGGGGGGACUAGUGGAAAAAGCCCCUCCCUGAAGGGACGGACAGCACUGAGGCCAGGCAGAGGCUGGGGUCUCGCGAGACGAGGCGUGUGCCAUAACUGUGGGGAAGAGGGGAACUUCAGGUGGGAAUGUGAACGGCAGGGAGCCCCUUGGAGGGAGAGCCCCCGGGUGUCCCAGCUGGAGAGGAGGGGGGUGUUGGGAAACUUAGAAGAGACUCAGUGAGAGUACGGACUGGAGUUUUCAGGAAAAAUAUGUUCCCAACAAUGUGCCACGGGGCCCUCGAGAGGAAAAGACCCUAUCCCAGAAGUAUUGGUGGGACCCCGAGAGAGGGGACAGAUGCAAAAGCCAUACUGGACACGGGGUCGCAGGUCACAUUACUGUACCAGUCAUUGUACGAUCAGUAUCUGGCGCAUUUACCCCUGACACCUUUCAGUGCACUGGAAAUUUGGGGUAUCAGUAAUGGUGAUUACCCAUACAAUAGCUAUUUGUCCGUGAAACUGGAGUUCCUGGAAGCUGAGGUGGGGGUGUCUGAAGCACAUGAGGCCCUGGUACUGGUUUACCCUGACACUGGUGAGACUGGGAGUGUGUCCAUUCUGGUGGGGAUCAACACCCCUAUUGUGCAGAGACUCUUCGGAGCCUGUAAGGAAAAGCCGAGAAAGACAUUGGAGGCCCUGUCAGUGCACCCAGUGUUCUGAGCUGCUUUUGAGGAAGCGUGGGGUCGCCCGGGGCUGGACGCGGCGUGUGAACGAGUCACUGUGUGGUGUGCCCAGUCGAAGCCCAGGGUGGUACGGCCCGGUGAAGUAGCAAGGUGAUGGGGAUCCCUAGAUUCCCGGGAGUGCCUGAGGGUGAAGCACUUUUAGUGCACACCUCGGAAGACCUUGAGGGGGCGUCGAGAUUCCCUGCUGGGGUGCCGGUGAGACCCGAGUUGCAGAAGACCUCGGUGAUACAGGCACGCAGGCCGGUGGUGAUCGCCAGGAACACUACGAAACCAGGAGGUCACCUUUAAGCAAGGAAUGCCUCUGGCACAUUUGUUCCUGGAGACGGUUAUGCAUAGCGCCACCGUGAGGCCAGUUGGGAAGAGCUGUCGGGAAAACGGCCUAAGGUGACAGCUGAAGCUUUUAACUUUGAGGCAUCCCCUGUGCCGGAGGGUUGGAAGCGGAGGCUGGUGGAGAAGAUGUUGACGAUGACAGAUAUUUUUUCCAUUAACGAAUUUAAUGUGGGUUGUUCCAGGAGCACUCGCCACACCAUAUGGGUGACUGAGGAUACUCUGUUUAGUGAAAGAUCACAGAGACUGGCCCCUGCAGAUGUGGAAGACGUGCGGCAGCAUUUGUGUAAAUUGAAGGAGGCUGGGAUCAUCACAGAGUCCCGAAGCCCUUAUGCGUCUCCUAUCGUAGUGGCCUGGAAGAAGAAUGGGAAGGUUCGUAUGUGUGUGGACUAUAGAACACUGAAGAGGUGCACGGACCCUGAUCAGUACACAGUUCCCCGGGUCGAAGACGUGCUGGCCUGUCUGAGUGGGGCGAAGUGGUUUGGCGUGUUGGAUUUGAGGAGUGGAUAUUACCAGAUCCUGAUGAGUAAGACCGAUAAGGAGAAGACGGCCUUCAUUUGCCCUCUGGGAUUUUACCAGUUCGGAAGGAUGCCCCAUGGCAUAUCGGUGGCCCUUGCCACUUUCCAUAGGGUCAUGGAGAAGACAGUGGGGGAUAUGAACCUGCUCGAAGUGCUCGUUUAUUUGGAUGACCUCAUAGUAUUUGGAUCCACCUUGGAAGAACACGAAGUGAGACUAAUGAAGGUGCUCGGCCGUCUGAAGCAGGAAGGGUUAAAACUUUCCCUGGACAAGUGUCAGUUCUGCCAGACGUCGGUUGGCUAUGUUGGGCACAUAGUCUAGCGAAUGGAGUAGUUACAGACCCGGCUAAGAUAGAAGCCGUGACCAUGUGGCCGAGGUCCCAGACCGUGAGCGCUCUGCGCUCGUUCCUGGGGUUCUGUGGGUGCUACCGGAGAUUCGUGAAAGGUUACGCCGGGGUGAGUCAUCCCUUGAACCAGUUUCUGCGUGGCUACCCUCCCCUGGGACAGAGGGGGGAGGGGAGGAAAGGACAGGAGGAUGGAGAAUAUUUGAACCCAUCAGAGCCCUCCGGACAGAGAUGGGAUGACAAAUGUGAAACGGCUUUCCAGUCACUGAAGGAGAUGCUGACUCAAGCGCCGGUAUUGGCUUUUGCGGACCCCCGAUUGCCCGACGUGCUACACACCGAUGCCUGCCAUGAGGGCUUGGAGGCCGUCUUGUAUCAGGAUCAGGGCGCUGGCCUGAGGCCUGUGGCGAUUGUCAGCUGGAGUUUGUUGCCAUCGGAGAGAAACUAUCCCCCUCCCACAAGUUGGAGUUUCUGGCGUUGAAAUGGGUGGUGGUGGAUAAGCUGAGUGACUAUCUCUACGGGGCCAAGUUUGAGGUGCGGACAGACAACAACCCGCUCACCUACAUCCUGACCUCGGCGAAACUGGAUGUCACAGGCCAUCGGUGGUUGGCAGCCUUGUCUGUAAAUGAUUUCAACCUGAAGUACCGCCCCGGGAGCCGGAAUAUCGAUACGGAUGCUCUGUCCCGACGGGGGCAUGAGGAACUGAGGAGGACGAGGAGAGGGAGAGUCUUCCUGCAUCCGGGGUGAAGGCGAUGUGCCAGUCUGCUGUCACCGUGCAGGUUGAGGAGAAGGAGAGGCCAGAACGAGAAGUGGAUUCAUUCGGGGCAUCCGAUGCUGCCUUGCCCCUAGUUUACUGUGAUCUGACUGUUCUGAAGACACGCAGCUGCCGGAGUUAAGCCCUGGGGAAGUGGCUGCCGCUCAGGGAGAUCACACAGGCAUUUGCCGUGUCUGGCACGUCGUGAAAGAGGGGGAUGUGACAGGCGGAGAAGGCUAAAUACGUUUCAGUGUGUCUGCUACUGAGAGAAUGGCGUCGGUUGAGGUUGAAGAACCAGAUGUUAUAACGGGGAACGUCACCCCCGGACCGACCGCGCUGUUGGCAGCUGGUCCUGCCUGAGAAGUAUCGGAAGGUUGUGUUGAAGUCUCUCCAUGAUGACUCCCGACAUUUGGGUGUGGAAAAGACCUAUGGAUUGCUCAAGGAUCGGUUUUAUUGGCCCCGAAUGAGGUCGGAGGUUGAAGAGUACUGCAAGUCCUUCAUUCGUUGCAUAAGACGGAAGACGCUGCCCGGGCAGGCUGCCCCUUUGUCCCACUAGCAGAGUGCGGGGCCUUUGGACCUGGUGUGUAUGGAUUUCCUGUCCAUAGAACCCGAUGCCAACACACGGCAAAUGUCUUGGUCAUCACGGACCCCUACACCAGGUAUGCCCAAGCUUUCCCUACCAAGGAUCAGAGGGCGACUACCAUGGCGAAAGUGCUAUGGGAGAAGUAUUUUGUGCAUUCUGGUCUUCCUCGGUGGAUCCAUAGUGACCAGGGACGGGACUUUGAGAGCAAACUCAUCUAUGAGUUGCUGGGCAUGCUGGGGGGUUGAGAAAUCGAGGACCACGCCCAAUCAUCCGCAGGGCGAUCCCCAGCCGGGAAGGUUCAAUCGGACGCUACUAGACAUGCUCGGGACUCUGGAGAUCAGCAAAAAGAAUUGUUGGAGUCGACAUAUUAGGCAUCUUGUUCACUGUUACAACUGCACACGCAAUGAAGCUACUGGUUACCCGCCCUAUAAUGUCGUGUUUGGGCGCGAGGCGAGGUUGCCCAUUGACCUCUGUUUCAGGACUGAUGCGGGUGAGGUGUCGCCGAAGCCUUACUUGAAGUAUGUGUCUGAUAUGAGGCAAGAACCGAAAACAGCUGGCCGGGGAGGCAGCCGCCCGACAGAAUCAGGGAAAUAAGAGGAGGUACGACCAGAAAGUAAAGUUCACUCAAUUCCUGCCUGGAGACAGAGUUCUCAUCAGGAAUCUGGCAUUACCGGGAAAACACAAACUGGCUGAUCGCUGGGCAGCCACGCCCUAUGUGGUGGAGAGUUAAAUGCCAAACCUGCUGGUUUUCCGGGUAUGGCCCGAGGAUGGAAAGGGGCCUGUCAGGAUUCUCCAUCGGAAUCACCUGUUGCCGCUGGGGCAAGAUGUGCAGGUAGAGCGGGAGCCUGAAGAGGUGGCUGCACCCCAUGCCAGGACUCUGCGUCCCCGCAGGGUGGAGGACGUGCCCACCCCUGGAGAGACGGGCCCAGGCCCAGCCCCUGUGAGGGAUACUGAUUCGGAAGAUGAUGACUGGGAUGGUUGGUCCAUUCUGACGUUCGCUGAUGCUCCCGGCACUGAGGAAGAGACUCCCGGCCUUUCCCCCACUGGGUUAGCAGGGGCUAGUGAGGGACAGUCCGUGGUGCCGCAGGGCGCUGAAGGAGUGGAUGUAGGGCCUGAAACAGAGAUAGAGGGUUCCGAGGUGCAGAAGGGCUUGGGGCACCGCUCGGGGGAGGAUUUGCCUCGUAGUUUCAAAGGGUCCCCUGUAGUGUCCGAGGCAGAAAGGGUAGGUGAGGGGAUGCGUAGGCCUCAGAGGAGUCGGAAACCCCCAGAGAGAUUGGCCUACAUGAUACCCGGGGAACAAGGUCUGAUCUCCACUGUGUUGGGGAGUCAUAUCACUGCUUUCUGCACGUGGAUUGGGCUGUGCGUUCUGCGGGAAGGGAUGGCGAAUUAUCUGAGUAUCAUGAGGGCAUGACUUAUUUCGGUGGGGCGGGGUGGAAUGUUGGGCUCUCAAUAUGCUAGGUGAAUGCACUGCCUCUACAAUCUCUCAGCACCAAUCUCAAACUUGCCAUCAAAGUGCUGCUGUUGUAGAGUAACACAUCUUCAUGCUGCACCUUGAAGAAACAUAGAAACAUAGAAAAUAGGUGCAGGAGUAGGCCAUUCGGCCCUUCGAGCCUGCACUGCUAUUUAUUAUGAUCAUGGCUGAUCAUCCAACUCAGAACCCUGCACUAGCCUUCCCUCCAUACCCCCUGAUCCCCGUAGCCACAAGGGCCAUAUCUAACUCCCUCUUAAAUAUAGCCAAUGAACUGGCCUCAACAGUUCCCUGUGGCAGAGAAUUCCACAGAUUCACCACUCUAUGUGUGAAGAAACUAUAUUCAUUUGUUAGCCAAUGGAAGUCCUGUUCUGUUAUCUUGUAUAUGUGUGCUGAGUUCAGGAGCGCAGGCAUUUUCGCGAGGCGAGCGGAGAGGACGGACGUGCGGGGAACGGACAGCGGUUCCAGGGCGGUAGAUACCGGACCUCGGGGGUUCGGAUGGUGGCUGGAUUCUUGGAAGGACGUUGUGGAUGGAAUCAGAGGCGUGAGCUCCAACGUAUUAAUAUAUUAUGUGCACAAGACUGAUAAGUUACUUAUGUGGCGCCUUUUCUUUUAGUUGUUGCUACACCAAAAUUUACUAUAAAGUAUAAUUCUUUA